AUUUGUUCCUAGCACGCAAACAGUACAUUUGAUUUCUCGUCGUGGUCUCGUCUACUUUUCCAUCAAGCGAUGGCUUUUGAAAUAUAAUUCACAAACUGGACCUAUUUAAAGAAUCUGUCGGCUGCGAAAUGAACACUGUAAUACUCUUUGUUUGCAUUUUACUGGCGGAACUCAAUUUUGCGUUUUUGUCAUUAUCGAAGGAGUGCCCUGAAAAAUGUGGCAUUGCCUAUGACCCCGUAUGCGCCAGUAAUGGCAAAACGUACAAGAACAUGUGUAGGUUAGAGCGGGAAAACUGCUUUGCCGAAACUAAGAUUGUAGAGCUCUACAAAGGAGAAUGUUUGAAAAGCGAAGAGGACGAAAUAGAAGAGGACAGGAGGCCUUACGGCUGUUUGAGGGUUGGACGAGGUAAAUAUCUCACCUGCUGAAUAUCGAAUCGGGUCAUCAAAGACUUAUAUAUAGCACUAACACCAACUCGCCGGUAUGUCCCGAUAUAUAUCAUUCUACUCUGAAGAUAUUACUAAUGUGGACAAGUAAUGACGCAAUUUAAACCGGAGUUUGUGGAAUUUGAGUUAUAGUGGCAAUGUAAUAUAAUUUAAUUGCGCAUGCACCUGGCAGUGGUGAGGACAGACUGACUGACAGAUAGGCUAACUCAUAGACAGACAGACAAACAGACAGACAGGCGGACAUGUAUGUUAAUACCAUCACUUCCUUUGACCAUGAAAAGCGCAUUUCCCUAUCUUGGCUUUAAGCUAAUCAAUUCUU